AUGUCCUGGGACUGCGACUACUGUGAACGUCCUAUUGAUGCCGCCAGCGAAAGGAAGUGCCCAGCUAAAGGUUGCAACAUGCGCUACUGUAGCAAGUUCUGCGUCGAUGACCACGCGGACUGGCAUGCCCGGCACUGCGCGAGCCCGCUUCGCCCACUCACAACAGCUGACAAGCUCACCACUGCUGUUUUCGCGGACGAGUUUCCAGACGAUGCGGAGACCCUAAUUGACUACUGUUUUGACAAAGCAGGAGGAGCCGAUGGCAAGACAAACCUGCUCGGUCUCUACAUCGGUAUUAUCAAGCAUAUGAGCGUCAAUCCGAGUCGACUCAACCAAUGGAGAGCCGAAAACACCCUGAAGGAACAUAUAAAGACGCUAUUUGAGAGUAUUCCUUCCAAUGCUCGUGGGGGCUACUAUCCAUGGUUUCUCCGGAACGAGCAUAUAUUCUCCCCGUCCCCAUCAGCGGUGGCUCCCAUCAACCCAAGUCAUCGCUGCGCAGCCUGCGGGAAUGUUGCCACGAAGCGUUGCGGCAAAUGCCUCAAAGUGUGGUAUUGCGGAGGCCCCUGCCAAAAGAAAGACUGGAAAGCCAGACAUCGUCUCGUCUGCGACCCCAACAAGGCUCUCUCUUCGGCUGAUCGCCUGCAAAGCGCAGUUAAACAGUCCAAAAUUCCAUCUGACUCCCAAGUAAUCGAGUCUUACGGCUUCGAUCGUGUUGAUGGUCAGGGCCAGUCUAUGUUAGUCGACCUCUAUUGCGUUGUUUUCGAGGAAGGAACACAUCCUAUGGUUGUAGAGCGCUGGAAAAACGAAGGAAUCCUGUUGGAGGAGAUCGAGAAAUUGCUGCAUAAGGCGCCACAUUGGAAAACCAGUCGAAUUCUGCCAUGGCUCGAAACACACAAAUUUGUCCUUGACCUGCAGCUUCCCGCCCCCGCGAAGGACCAUAUACUCUCCAGUCUAGAAAACACCGUGAAGGAAGCCCAUCUGAAACUCUGGAACUCGAUUAUGCCGAAUGAUCCAUGCAGGUCCAUGAAGGAAAUUCACCCAGCGAUGCGAAGGCUCCGAUGGUCCAAAACGGACGUUGGAUUCUUUAUCUUCGUUGCCCAGCUCGAAAUCUGCCAUCCUAGCCCCGCAGAAGACAGUUGGGUGUUCCUUGGAUUCUGCACGUGUCAUGACGCUGCAGAGGAGGAUCACCUCGGUCUGACCUACCAAUUACUUUGGGAGCGUUGCUCGUCUUAUGAUGAAUUCCUUGACGCGUUUCGUACCUCGAAAAUCAUGGAGCUUAUGGAUGCUCACGGUCUUGGUUCUCGUCGCUUACUUCAUCCUUACCUUUCCAAUGUCCUCCAGUCCAAGUUUUUCCCCGGCUUUCCCUCCGUCUGGUAUCUCAAGCAGCACAUAGAGCUCGGCUCAGACAGCUCCCGCCAGACCCUGAUACCCUCUAUCGUCGUCGACUAUGGGUUCAUGAACUGCAAAUCGGACGCCGAGUACGAAUUCCUGAAGGGUAUUUAUACCAAGUUAUUCGAGCGCAAGGAUGUGAAUCCGGUCGAGCUACACAACGUGUGUGUUGGGGGGAAGCUGCACCAGCAUAUAACUGGGCUCUUUCCAGAGCUCAAGAAGAAGAAACGGCUGGAGGCCCUCUUGCAAAAUCCAUACCCGUUGCCUGAUCUAUGA